AUGGUUAUAUCACAUUCUCUUAUUCAAGAGAUUGGUUAUUUUGUAAGAGUAAGUAUAGAUAAAAAAUUUGUUAAGUAGGUAUUCAAAUGUAUUUAUUUGUUUGUAAGACUAUAACUGAGUCCUGAUUAGUGAAUAUGUUUGAGUUGAAAGUAUUUAAAUUAAUCAAUAGUGUAUUACCUAAAAUAUAUUUUCCACAGUAUUUGUAUUUGGACAAUAACAAUAUACGAACAUUACCCAACGAACUGUUUAUAAAUUGUAAACAACUUUUGUGGUUAGAUUUAAGAUGUAACAGAGUGCGACAGUUGCCAGAUGGUAUUAAGGAACAUCAGAAUUUACAGGUAUUACUUCUGGGUAAAAAUGAUAUAAUGCAACUACCUAUAACAUUAGGUAUGUAUAUUAAUAUAAAUAUUUACCUAAUAAUUUAUAAAUUUAUAAACAUAUAUAAUAAAUAUUACAAUAUUAUAUAGCUUUUGUAGAUAAUCAAAAAAAAAUGAAUUUCUAAAGAAACUAUACUCGCAAAAAUAAUAAUAUACAAAUAUAAAAUAGAACAUUCAGUUAGUCCUAAACUAAAAUUACAGUUAUGCGUGUUUCCAUUGAGAAGAUACCACAGUUAGAUAUAUUCAACAAAUUAUUUUUCUGGAAAUCUUAUUUAUACAAAUUAAUGUGUGUUCUUUUAUUUGUAAUUUAUGAAUCUGUAGAAACAUACAGGUGUUUGAUGUUUCUAGAGAAGCAAUUUAACUGGGCUUACUAUAUUAAAGUAAAAUGGUUAAUAUUCAACCAGACUUGAAAACUAGACUAUAAACACCAAAUUCAAAACUGCAUCCAUCUUUUUUAAACGUUUCCAAUCUCACUUAACCAACCAUUCCGAACUCCCUCAUUAGAGACCAGCAUUAAUAUUAUAAUUAAUAUCAAGCCUUAAAAGUAUCAACGCUGAGCAUCUUCUUUUUUGUCUACAAAUUGUUUAUUUCUUAUUAUUAUAAAAAAUAUUUUUUUGAAAGUACUUAUAGUUUUUUAGUGAUUUAUUUUUAUUGCCAUUUUUAUGUGGUUGUUUUUAUUUAGAAUAUAGAAUGUUUAAAUAAUAAAAUAGAUGAUACUGGGAACAGGUGUGUCACUGUUAAUGAUGUGAAGGUAGGAUACAUAAAGUUUUUUUUUUCUAAUUUUUAAUUAUCGCAUAAAGUUAUUUAAUUUAUAUUUAUAAGCAACGAAAAACGAUUCUGAGUGAAGUUUGGCUAUAUAUGUUUUGAAAUGGCAUCAUUUUUACGAUUUAAAUCAAAAUUUGAUCUUAAAAAUCCUAAAGUUACCUACAUACCACAUUAUUAAGUUAGGUUUUUUUUUAUCAGGUAGGUAUGGAAAUAUAAAGAAAUAAUUACACGAGAUUAGAUAAAUAUAUUAUUAUAAACAUUAUAUUUGUAUUAUAAUUAUUAUCAUUGAUAGAAAAAGUCCUAUGGGAAUUUUAUAAAAUCAUUUUAACCAAUAUUAUUAUUAUUACUUUCCUACCUAUAAAAAAAUACGAAAAUUAUAUUUUCAUAAAAUCAAGUAAAUAUUAUUCAUGAACGGUAUGAGUUGAAAAAAUAUAUUUUUAAAAAAAAUAAAGAAAAUAAAAUUUACUUUACAAUAUUUGAGAUAAAAAAUGUCAAUAUUUCUAACAGUAAAGGAAAUAUGUCCUGAAAUUUUGAAAAUUUUCGUAAAUAAUGAAAAAAUUAUUAGGAAAUAAUUGUUAAAAUUGUUUUGUAGUUAUGUAUUUUUAUACAUAUACAUAACCAUAUAGAGGAUGAGACCAAACAUAAUAUUAGGAUUUUUUUUUUUUUAUUGUAUAUAGUUAAGGGACACCCUAUUGGGGGUGUAAAAGAAAUUUAAUUAAAAUGCCUAAAAAUGUAAAAAUAUUAGAGUGUGAUUUAUAAAAUUGUUCGUUAAAGUGGGCGUAAAAAAAUGCACAGUUAUUAGUGGUUCUUGUUAAACUCGCAGUACUUAUAAUAUGUUUGUAGAGAAAUCGGCAUAUUCUCCAAUGUACGUAAAUAGUAAUAAUUAUAAUCCACCUUGAAUAAUCUAUUUUAUCCGAUAACAUAGUGCAUUAUAUAUAGAUAAUACCUAAUUCUUUAUUAUUGAUGAUUGUACAACAAAGAAAAAAACUGAUACAAAACUUGUUUUUAAUCUGUCCACACUCUACACCAUAGACCACGAAUUGAACUAUACUAUAGUAUAGAAGUACCUACCUACUUAAUAGUACUUAGUCCGGAGAUAGCGUAAGCUUCCGAUUUUCAUCAUUUCGACUGAAAUCAAUAGGAAUUUUCUUAAGAGUCUAACUAAUAAUUUAGUAGGUAGUGUGCUAUAUAGACUGUUCCACGGGCUACAACUAAUUUGUGCACAUUUACCUUUUAGAUUUUGAGUAGAGCGAAAAGCUUAUAGUUUUACAAAGAUGUUUAUUUUUUUUUUCUAUGGACAGCUUUUCUACCAAAAGACUUGCUCUGGUUUGUACGUGUAGCAACUUUUCUAAAAGAAAAUCGGUGUGAGGAGGUACAUUAGAGAGGUCAUUUUUCAAUUUUCUCCGGAGUUUUCUCAGCGAAUGUAAAAAACAUGGAAAAACCGGGGACAUUGAUACAACAUAAAAUAAAUAUUAUUAAAGAAAAUAUAAAGAGCUUAUUUAAUUAUUUUACUAUAAUAUGGCAUAUAUUUAUUGUUGACAAAGCAUUACUAUCAACUGAACUCCGCUCAGAAUCGUUUUUCCGUAAGCAAUGGUUUAUCGUUGCUUACAGAUGUAAAUUAAAUUUCCGUCUGUAUCCUAUUUUCCCAACUUUCCAACUACAAUAAUGGCCGCCUUAUUAAUAUAGGGAGUAUUUAUUAUUAUUAUUUUUUUUUUUUAUAUUUUUGAGUUAAAAUCAAAUUUCGACAAAAAUCGAAAAUAUUACGUCUUUUUAAAACAUAUAUAACUGAACUCUACUCUGAAUAUUUUUUCACUAGCAAUGAUUAUUCAUUGCAUCCAAAAAUACAUAAAUUUCAUAAAAUAUAUACAAUUAAUAUUUAAAAUCUAGUACCUACCUAUGUGUUAUACCUACAAAUACUACCAAUAAAUAGGUACUUUAAUUAAAUAUUUUUAAGAAUUUGUUUUAACAUCUUUGAAGCCAUAUUAUAACUGGAAUUUGAAUUUCUUCAAUACCUAUAUCUAUACAUUAAUAUAGUUAGAUACUUAAAUAAUAAAUAUUGUACAUUUAUACUUUGUAUUUACAAAUAUAGUUUGGUUGGUAAGUAUCAUUUAUUUUCAUGAAAUUGUGUGUUUAGGAUCUUUACCAAAACUCCGAGAAUUGCAAGUAACUGGAAAUCCACUUGAUUACCCUGAUGGAAAUACAGUGAAGAAAGGUUCUAAAUAUUUAAUACGUUUUUUACAAGAAAAAUGGAAAAAUAGUCAAAGUAAUAGUAAAAUAAUUCAAUUUGAUAAUGAAAUAAAUACAGUUAAGAAAGUUGAUAAAAAAAUACAUCAAAAAGACAACAUGAAAAAUAAAAAAAUUGUAAUACCUAUAUUUUAAUUAAUUAAGUAUAAAUAUAUUAUAACAUCAUAAAUUAUGAUUUUGUGUAGAUGAUAACAUCAAAAUCGCUGCUUAUGGAAAGAUAUAGUUGGCCAAUGAUUUUCCUUACUAACUGGUAAUAUCAUAAAUUUAUUAACUAUGGUUAUUAAAUUAUAGACAAGUACCUAUACUAGAGUCCUAGCCACAAAAUAGGUUAAGUAUUAAUAAGUAUUAAUAAGUACCUAUUUAAUAUAUGACACAGGCAGUGGUAUAAUAAUGUGGAUCUGAAUGAACUAAAAAAUAAUUUAUUUUAUUUUGAAUGGAUAAAUUCUCAUUUAAACUUAAUUUCUAAUUCGAGCUGUACCAAGAUAAAAUUUUAAUAAUACUGACUUUUUUAUUUGCUUGCAGUGAAUAAAACCUGUAAUCAAACAUAAUAAAAAUACGAAAAAUAUUUAAGUAAAAUGAUUCAGGAUGAUAUUCAACUUAAUUUAUCGGUCGAGUUAUUAAAGUUUUUGCUUCGGGUAGGGUUGAAUUUAAUAUUAAACCGGUACGGCGAUACAGGGAUCUAGUCUGGGGAGGUAGUUAUCUAUAUACUUAGUAAGUAGUGCACCAUCAAUUAUUAUAAGAGUGCAACAUUGUUCUAGUCUUGAAAACUGACUAUCAAUAUAACUAUACCUACAUUGUUACCUAAGGAAAAUAUUGAUAUUUGUUCUUGGUUAUUGUAUCAAUAGAUAGGUAACUCGUGGUAUCACGCUUUUGGUACCUACCUAUCACACUAAGAUUAAAAUACUUGUUUACUUUACCUGUAUCAUUAAUUUUAUAAUAUGUAUAGGUAUUAAUAGUAUUAUAAAAUCAAUGCCGAUAUCUAUAUAUUUAGGUUAAAUUUUUCAUGUAUGUAACCUGCAGUUUUAAAAAAAAUAUUUAAAAAAUUGAAUGAUUUUUCUAAUUUUCAUAUUCACUAAUUUAUCAUUGUUUUUACCAAGUAUGCCAGUUAACAUUAUAGGCUAUCUAAUGUUUUUUUUUCAAAUUGAGGAAAACUUUUUUAUUUUAUUUAUCAUAUGUAUUCAAAUUAUGUUUAGCCAAAUUAAAAAGAAAAUACGCAUUGUAUACAGUUAUUAAGUGUAUUGACGACAUUUCAUAAAAAUAUUGAACUUAUACCAGGUAAAAUUUAAAAUAAAUCUUAUAUUAGUUUAUAGUUAGGACUGAUAGCAGCAUACCCUAAAACUAAAAUAUAACUCCAUCUAUGUUCUUAUUAUGUAAGUAAUACACUAUAGGUGUCCAACGAAGAUUACCCUAAUUGUCUAAUUUCUAGUUCUUUUUUUUUGGUUUUAUGUAGAUAAAAAUGUUCAGAUCGAUUAAUAUGCUCAACAAUUUGAUUUAUGUUCAUCAUAAUUGGUGUUUAAUAGCGAAAACAAAUUUAACGUUAUGCCGUAAUUUAAAUCAGCAUUUAUAGUUUAUAAAUGCCACUAAUAGAGCAAUAAGAUAAAUAGAUAAAAAAAAUCCCAUACAAAAUUUAAGUUGUGCUUUUUGCUUGAUAAUUUUUGAAAUUUUCUUGCCUCCGUAAAGAAUUUAAAAUUUGAAUAUCUAAGGGCAAUUCACGGCAUUUAUCCUAUAUUAAAAAUAAUUAUGUUAAAUCUUUAAAAAAAAAUUAAUUGUAAUAUGCCUAAUAUUAUAAAAUAUGACAAUAUUACAUCAAAUAACAUUCAUGAAAAAGCUCAGCUUUUUGCAGAUUUGUUCAAGUGUUUUUGAAUUUGAUUUCACUAAUUCACUAGAACCUAACCAACUUUUAAACAUUUUUUUUAAUAAUAAUCUUAACUUAAGUUCCUGGUCUAUUGAUAAAAGUGGAAUGUAUGAGUAUUUAAAUUCAUUCGUCCACUGAUCCAGAUGGUAUACUCUCAUCUAUGAUUAAAGUUUAUGGGUCAGUUUCUAGUAUAUUCGUUACAUCUAAUGUUCAACAAAUCUUUAUAUAUAGGCUACUCUCCUAACGCAUGGAAAAAGUAAUUUGUGACGCCAAUACAUAAACCCGGUAACAAAUAUAAAUCAUAAUGUGAAUAACUAUAGACCAAUCACUAAAUUGUUAAUUAUCUCUAAAAUGUUCUAUAAUAACAAAAAAGUUAUCUUUAAUUAUCUCUUCUUAUAUUUGUCCUAAUGAACAUGACUUUAGGUGAACAACUUUUCUAUAAGCAAUUUUGCUCAGAUUUAAAAUGAUAAAAAUUUUUCUAAAAUGAUAGCUGACCAGGAAGGUACUUUAGAGAGGUCAUUUUUCGAUUUUCCCAGCAAAUGUGAACAAUCGGAAAAAAACAUGGGAAAAUCGGUACAAUAUUAAACAAAUAUUGUACAAGAAAAUAUAUAAUGCUUAUUCAAUUAUUUUACUAUAAUAUAUCCUUAUAUAUAUAUAAAAAAACAGGCCUUUUUUAUGUUCCAAUUUUGUUUUGACACUAUUUAACUUUUCAAUUCUUUUUCACAGAGUUGUUCCAAAUACUCUCUUGAGUGUUACCAUGUCGCCCGAUUUUUAAUUUCUUUUUGUCUAAAAGAAGAAAGAGGAGGGGGAUGUAUUUAAAGGUUACAGUUUCGUUUUUUAGCGUGUCAUUUAAAUAAUUCAAUGAUUUUUUUUUCACAAAGUUGUAGUAUUAACCGAUUGUGUUCUAAUUGUAUGGGAUGUGUGCACAAUGGCACAUAAAUCGAACGUAGAGACUUUAAAUAAAUCGAACACUACGGUAUAUUCGGUCAUCAGAUAAAACUAUGGAAGGGAUCACAUCAAUAUUUGAGGGAGGUUUUAGACAAACAUUACCAGUUCGUGAGGAUCACUGGUAACGUGAUACCUAAUAUAUUUGUUUGAUCUAUUAAUGAAAAUAAGUGUAUAAAAAUGCAUGCAUAUUUCGUACAAUUUUAGUGUAUAUAUUUCCGGGCCCUAAUUAUAAGUAUCUAGGUAAGUAAUCUUAGAAUAUUUUUCUGAAAAACUCCUGAGUAUAAAUAUAUUACAUUUUAUAGUUUAAAAAUAAUGGUAAAUAAUAAUAGGUGAUACCUACUCUUUACCAGAUCAUAUUAUGUACUUUGUUAGGUUUUUAAAUGUUGUGUUCUUGGGCCGCUUUUUAAUAGUGUAAUAAGUGACUAUAUAAAUGUACAAACAUAUUAUAUUCAAAUAAUGGAUAAUCUACUUAUUCGUGUAAAUGUAAUAAAUGCGUCAUUAAAAUACGUAAAUAAUUUAGGAACAGUGAUCAUUUAGUUACCGAUCGAGAUAUAAGAAUAAAAGAAUUGGAAAGACUUUUUUUGGAAAAACAAAAAAUAAUAUUGGAAAAACAAGAAAAACUUUUACAAUCGUAUAAGUAAGUUAUCAAUUGAUUGUAAUUAGUACUAUAGUAGUUACAUUAGUUUGGUAUAGUAUUAUAUACUAUUGUCUAGUAUAAUUUAAGUACCUAUAUGAAAAAUUUGAUUAUUCAUUGAUAAUAUACAAUUUUCAAUUUAAAAUGAAAUUAUAAAAAUAAGGAACAAAUCUAAUUUAUGGCCCAAGCUCGUUUUUCAAUUUUUUUUUUUCAAAAUGUGUAUCUGUUCAUUAAGGAUCUAAGAAAAAGUCGGACAAAUUCCGUUUGGAAGUUAUGGGGGAAAAUUAUAUGAGGUUCAGGUUUUCCGUUUUGUGUAUUUCUUAGUCAAAAUUAAAAAUUAAAAAUUUGUUUUUUUCAAAAUGUGCGUUUUUAAAGCUCCAUGUAUCAGUAUAAUCAAAAUUUAAUUAUUAUACCUACUUACUUUUGUAGUUUUUGUACUUACAUUUUGAAAAAUAGCAUUUUUGGAAUUAAUCCAAAAUAGAAAUUUUUGUUUAUUAUUAUUAUUUAUUGUUAUUGAUAAUUUGAUAACUAAGUUUUUUUAUUGAAAUCAGAAAAAGUCUAUCUAGCCUAGUUUUAGAGUAACAAACGUUCAAACGCGGGUUUCAUUUAAUAAAAAAUAACCCUCGUAUUGUUGUGCAAAACCACGUCUCUGGUAACAGGAUAUAGUAAAAAAGCAUUAUAGGUGGAACUAGAGACCCAAGGUGGUAACUCCCUUGCUGCGCUCACUCAGACCAUUUUAAUCGGAAAUUUGCAACUCUAAAACUAAGCUUGCUAGUUUUAUUCUAAAUUCAAUCAUACAACUUUGUUGUUAUCAAAUUAUAAAUAACUGAAAAUAAUAAUAAUAAAUAAAAAUAUCUAUUUUUGCCUAGAUUUUGGAUUAAUUCUAAAAUGCUAUUUUUCAAGGUUUAUGUAAAAAAAGCUGUCCUGGGAUAAUGGGGACGGGUGCAGCCACUAUUGUAGGUGAGAAGUUGGGAAGGUAGGAUACAGAAAGGAAUUUAAUGUACACCUAUCUAUAAGCAAAGAUAAACCAUUGAUAACGGAAAAAACAAUUCUGAGCGAAGUUCAGUUGAUAGUAAUGUUUUGUCAACAAUAUAUAUGUAAUGUUAUGGUAAAAUAAUUAAAUACCUAGGCAUUACCUAUAUAUUUUGUUUAAUAUUGAUCCAAUUUUCAUACGUUUUACCCGGUAUUUUAUUUGCUGAGAAAAGUCCAGAGAAAAUCGAAAAUAAAUCUCUCUAAAAAUUUCAUUUCAGGAAAGGGUCUACAUUGUAUACAUCAGAACAAGAUUUCUGGUACAAUUUUCGUACAGUAUAGAAAAAAAAUGUAUCUUUGUAAAACCAAUACGUUCUUCGCUACACUCAGAAUCUAUAUAAAUAAAAGUAAGUAUGACAGUUAAGUUUUGAUUAUACCAAUAGAUUAAACAUUUAAAAACAUACAAUUUGGAAAAAAAAAAAAAAUUGAAAAACGAGCUUGUGUCGUAAACUAGUUUAUACCAACGAUAAUAGUAGCACUAUUUUAUCACCAUAAUUAUUAUAUUCAAUAAGACAGGUUUUCAAAAUAAUUACAAUAGGGAAAUAAGAACAAUAUUAUAACAUGGAAACAAUAAGGAUAAAAUUAAAUACUUUUUAUUAUACAUUUUGUUUAAUGUUUAGAAAUGAUGAAACAUUGAAAGUAUGGAGAGAUAAAGCAAAACAAUUACAACUUUUUGAAAAUUCAUACAAGUUAAAAAACUGUAAGAAUCAUAUUACAAUGAUAAUAUUUAAUUUUAUAUUAAAACAUAUUGUUAAAAUUAUUUUCAAAUGUAGAUAGAGGACUUGAUAUUCCAUUUGGAGUCAGCAAAGAGUUUUCUAAAAUGAUGUCUAGAGAAACAUAUAGAAAGGUAAUUAUUUUGGUAAUUCAUAAAUGGUAUUAAAUAAUAAAUGUGUUCAUAGGAAAGCAUUGGAAAUAUUGAUUACAAGAAAACCUUUAAAUCUACAGCUGUUAAACCGUAUGUAUCUUAUAGUUGUUAUGUUAGAUACCUAUUAAUAUACUUGGGAGCAUAAUAAUUUGUAUAGGCAUCUAUCAUAUUAUUUGUGUAAAAUAUUCUUAUUAGUCAUUUUAGAAUUCAAGUAAUUAUUUAACUAAAAAAACAUAGAUUUUAUAUAGAAAUAAUAAAUGCUUAGAGAUUUACUCAUAUACAGUAUUGUAGAAUAAUAAACUUAAGUAUAAAACCUAGAUAUAUAAAUAGCUAUGUAAUAGAAGAAAAUAAUAUAUAAUGUUACAGUUAAUGUAGUUCUAAUUACACUUAUUUUGUACAGUUGUUUUAAUAUUAGUGUGUAUUGUGCCUAUUAACUAACUUAAGGGUAAGCAUGUUAUUUGUGUUUGUACAUAAGUUUUUCUUGGUUUUUUUAAUUUUAAUCCAAAUUCAAUGAUUUUUAAAUUGUAAUAUUUCACAUGUUUGUAACUCACAUGAAAAUUAAAACACCAAAAAAAAAAAAAAAACCGACAAUGUUCUUACUUUUAUGUUUGACAAUAAGCUCAUACAUUUUAGUAUUAAAACUAACAGCACAAAAUCGGUUUUUAUAUCCAAAAAGUAUAAAUAUAUAACAACAUUAACCGUAAUAUAUAUAUAUAUAAUAAUUUUACACAGUAUACAAUAUUUGAUUUUGAUUUGUAAGGUUUGAUUUCGAUUUGGAAAUGUCAGAUAUUUACAAAGUACUAACAGACAUAACAAUAAGCAAUAUGGAAAAUAAUAACAAAGAUGAAAUAAAUUUGUCUAAACCAUCAAUUAUCGAUUUGGAAAUACAAAAGGUUAAAUAAUUUUUUUAUUAUCUAAAAAUAAUAAUUUUAAAUUUUAAUAUAUUUUUGUUUGCAGUUGCAUAAUAUACAAAAGAGAAUUGCUCAGUUGAAGUCGCAUAUUAAAUAA